UUUCAUUCCUCCUCAGGUAGGCUUCCGCCACCCACCUCCACAAUAUGGACGCUGCCGCUACGCUGACAACACUGGCAGUGAUGAUGUGCGCCACUAACUCCUUUACCGUAGUCACCGCAGUCUUCGUCCCUGAGGUCCUCCCCCCCGUCUACAACGCUGGCCAACCCCCGCCCACGCCCGUCUACCACCCUCCCUACCGCCCACCACCCAUCAUACCCGCCCCAACCCCACUGGCAACCCACCCCGCGCCCACCACCCCUUAUGUUCCAUCGCCAACAACACCUUCCACCCACCGACCAUCCCUGGGCAGUUCCUCCCCACCUCGACGCCCACCGGUAUCAAGAAGACCUCAGCCAGUGUACAGCCCUCGGGUGCCGCAGAGGGUGAAGAACACACACAAGCUAGCGACGCCCCUCCUCCACAAGCCAGAGACGCCCCUCUUCCACAAGCCAGCAGUAGCCCACGAGACUGGCGACUUGGGUGUGGUCAACAACGAGGAACCAGACUUCUACUCCUUCAAGUACGGGGUGAAGAGCGAGGUCAGCGCCUUCACUCACGCCGAGGAGUACGACGGACGGACAGCCUCUGGCACCUUCAGUCUCCGUCAACCCAACUCACACCACAACCUCGUCUACGUCGCAGGCUGAUAUCUAUAUCUGUGUGGCCGGAUGACACAACUGCAACUGUGGUCGGAUGAUACUUUACAACUUUACUUGUGGCCGGAUAAUACACCAUAUCCUCACCUAUGGUCAGAUGAUAGACCACAUCUUCACCUGUGGCCGGAUGAUAAACGACACCUUCAUCUUUGGCCGGCUAACAGCUUAAAUCUUCUCUGUGACUGGAUGAUAACUUCACAAAUAUUACGUAUCGCGAUAAAAGUUAAAUUACAAUUAACACAAAGGCGGCAGAAGUUACAAAUUACAACUAUCAAGAACAAUUACUAACAAAAUUCCACACAUCAAAGAGAUCGUUACUAAGUACUGGCAAAAAAAAGUGGUGAUUACUAUUAUGCAACAAUGGAGUCUAACAUCCUCCUUCCCCAGCCACCACCACCUCCCACUAAAUCCCCUACCUUCCUUCCCCCUCUCCCUUCCCCCUCUCCUCCCCCUCCACCACUCACCUCUUACCACGACAAUUCCGCAGCCUCCAUCCAUCCAUGCUGGGAGGUCACCAUGGCAACGAGACGUCACACCCUGCUCCAAGAUUACUCUAAAAGGGGGGUCCACACCCCCCCCAUCCUCUUUCCCCCACUCUCUUCCAUUCCUUUUUAUAGCCUUAAUCUCUUUCCUCUUCUCUGUUUCUAUGACUUCCUUCAUAUUUUAUCCCUCUCUCUUCCAUUCCUUUCCCCCCUUCUCCUUUCUUUAUACCUCUUUCUUAGUCUCACCAUCUCCCGUCCAGUCUUCUCCGUCCUUUCCCUCUUUUAUCCCCAUCUAUCCCUCCUCCUUGGCUUUACCCCUUCCCCUUCUUCCUGUCUCCUCCUUUCCUCCCUUCCAACCCCCGACUCCCUCCUCCACUACCCCCACUUCUCCCCCUCUCUAUUACUCUCAUUCCUCCCUCUGUACCCACCCCCCAUAAUAAGCCUAAGUAUCCUUGACAACGGGACUCCUCUUAACCUUCCCCCUGGCUGUCAAUGUGUCGCUUUACUCUUGACCAAAAAUCUCUGACCCGUCGACCAUCUUGAACCCCUGACUGAUAAUUCCAAACCAUAAGUUCUGAUUAUCAUAUAUUUUACCUGUCAGUGUCAUCACGUUCGGGAAAAAAAAUAAUCCGACAUUUAUCCACCUUUUAAUCCAGAUUCAAGUACUUAAUUAUAUAAAUAUAAAUACAAGUACAUACUCAGGUAGACAGCACAGGUAGAAUAAACUCCCUUGUGGUGACAAUGUUAUCAAAUUAGUGCCUUAAAAUACCUAUACACUUGACUCCCUAUAACCUAGUCAUCUACACUGAGUUAUAUAGUCACCCCACGAGUGUAAAAAUUAUACCUUAACUCACACUUGACUAUACAAAUAAAAACUCCUUAAUCUAGUCAGGUAGGUCGGCAACACAGGUAGAGUAAUCCCCAGGUGCUGACAGUGUUAUACAGAUGGUGUCUUCAGCCAGAUGUGUCAAGUAUGUGAAAUUACUGAACUGAAUGAGAGAGAGAGACCCGAUUGUGUGAUCAGUUGUCUCCAUCACCACCUUGUACAACACCUUCACCUUGAGCCAUAGAACACAGGUGAUACAGACUGUGUGGAAGGACUCGUACAAUUAACCUCUAUGACAUGGGAUGAUAAUAUAGACGAUGAAAUAUGACAGAGACGUUGUAUAUAGGUCAAGGUAAAAUAACAAAUGACGAUAAAGGUAUGUAUAUAAAUCUUCACUCCUGGAAGUUCUUUUCAAGCUAUGACAAAAAUCAAAAGCAAAACUGACUCUCUCCAAACUUGUUAUUGUUCAUAAUAAAUAACUGA